CUUUACAACAACACCACUUAAAGACCAACCCUGAGAACAUCUGCCUAGGACCCUGCACCGGCAGAUCAACAUGGACGCGUACAAUACGUUCGAGCUCUUUACACAGCUUCCCUCUGAACUCAGAAUCAAAAUUUGGAAGCAUACAUUCCCAGAACCCCGCGUCUUGGCCGUGCGCUUCAACCGCGCCGUCUCACAGUAUACUUCCGAUACACCACCACCAGCUCUGGUUCACGCCUGCUCCGAAUCGCGCUCCCUCUUCCUCGAGACCUACAAAAGACUAAUCCUCUCCCCGAAAUAUGAUUCUGCGGUAUUCAUCGACUUCGCUCGCGAUACCCUCUUCUUCGACACACUAGACUGCUCCCCCGACGGCGAUUUGUCCUUGGACCUAGCCUUGAGUCCUCAUCGCGAUCGGAUACUGUACUGUGCGAUCGAUUCACAAUUGUGGGAAGUUCUCAGAGUGUUCAGAUAUGACUCAUUGAGUGAGGUUCGGUUAAUGCCGAAUCUGAAGACUGUUGCGUUGGUUAUGGCGAAGGAUCAGGAGAGAGGGUUGCAUCAACAGAGCGUGGACGUCGAUGGGCAUCAGAAUAUGUUCGUGGAUACGGAUACGAAUACCAUUGGAGGAGAGAUCCGCCAUGUUCAUUUUCAAGUUGAGAGCUUGAGGUGGGAUUUGAAGCAAGGAAUGGAGACACAUUGGACCAACCCACCACAUGUUCAGAUGUGGCUUUGGUAGGCAAGAGGAAAUCGGAGGACUAUUGUUAGCGACUGGAUAGGUAUUGUUGUGGUACUUCGCUCCAUUGGUGUUGGAGAAUAUAUUUAAUUCGCAGAGCCUCUACUUCUUCAUCGAUUCGGG